GUCUGCUUUCCCAACUUCAAUUCGAGUGAGCUGUUCGGCAAAGAAAUGGCGCUGCCUCCGAACUGGACCAAGUACACUACAGAUGAUGGCAAGGAGUACUAUCACAACUCGGUUGCAAACAAGACCCAGUGGGAGAAACCUGAUUGGUCCGAAGGUCCGGAGUCUGGGUCGUUUCACAGCCAGAGCUCGGAAGUGUAUCGCCCCACUGUGUCGGAUCUGGACUUGCAGGAGAGGGCAACAGGCACUGCUCAGAUGGUACCGCUGAGUGGGGAGGAGGCGCGGGGUGGAAAGCUGGCCACAGAGGCAGAUACCGUCUCCCUUAGGGAAGCUCCUCGUGGUGUUAUGGACAGUGCUGGUGGGGGCCCUCCACCAGGUCCCCAAAGCCAGGGCUCCUUCCUUGGGUUUGGCAGUAUGCUUGCUUCUGCUGCAGCUGGCUCAGAGGAAGGGGCAGCUGGAGUACAGGGAUGGGCAGGCUCUAUGCUUGCCUACGGGCAGCAGUUGUUUGAUGUUAGUUCAGAAGAUGUCCUCAAGCGGCUGAAGCUUGCUUUGGUACCCUUCCAGGGGCAAGAGGACGCGGCCAAUGACUUCCGCACAAGGCCUGACUUCUAUGGGCCUUUCUGGGUGGCCACUACAGCCGUCCUUUUUCUUGCGGCCACUGGCAACUUUGCGAGGCUUCUGGAGUUGGAGGAUGAGCAGCUCUUCAAGUCAGACUUCUCGCUGGUCAGUGUGGCCGCCAGCAUGAUCUAUGGCCUACUUGUCGCUGUGCCGCUGGCUGCCCGCUUGGGCCUCUAUUGCUCGGGCCAGUCGGUGGAUUGCAUUAACUUCAAACAGGUGAUUUGUGUGUUCGGCUAUUCGCUCACGCCGCUCAUACCAAUGUCUGUGAUUUGCCUGGUGCCGAUGGGAUUCCUUCGCUGGUUGGCCGUGUGUGUGGGUUUAGUCACGUCCCUUGCCUUUAUCUAUGGCACACUGUCAACAGACUUGGCUGUGGAGGCAAAGGAUACCAAGGGAACAUGGCGAGACUGAAAUCAUGCAAGAGAUUGCAAGAGUAGGCACAGAUUCAUUUUGUUAGUUCCGAAGUGGAAGUCCUUGGUGCGGCAGGGAAGAUCAGGGAAGAAUUUUCAAUGACCACUGGCACACACACACACAAACCUUAGGAGCAAAUCCCACACAUGUGCUUUCAUGUCCAGCGCGGCGUUUGGCAGGCGCCCUCAUUGAAGUGGAAGGUCUUGGGCCUCUUCUGCUGCGCACAUGCCAUCAUCUUCAUGACGUACCGCAUCUACUUCUUUCAUUCGAUCUGACGCGGAAGAAGCGCGUGGAGAAAAGACGUCUUCCAAGCGAAUCCUGUGCAGGUUCAACAGUCAA